AACUGUACAACUACAAAAGUGGACGAUUUUGACAUAAGACAUGUAAGGAAUUAAAAUGUCUGUCAAUGUCAUUCAAGUAAUCUAUAGUGAGGGAAACAAUGAGGUAAAGUAGUAAAUUUAGUUCAUUUGCAAAUUUAAAUGCGUCAGAAACGAUAUAGUUGUUAUAACAAUGGAUAUUUUCGAUGAACCCUACUACAAAACAGCGAGAAAGUUUGGAGUCAUGAUAGGUCAAUGGCCGUAUCAGAAACGAUCACGGAGUGUUUUACAUGUGACUAUAUUUUGGACAGCCAUGUGGCUGCAAACAAUUCCACAAAUCAUAGCCAUGGUAAAAUAUUCACAUGAUCCCGAUAUACUGAUUGAAGCACUAUCUCCGUUUAUAAUAGAUCUAAUAUUUAUAGCUAAAUAUAUUAAUUCAAUAUAUCAUGCAAAAGUGAUGAAAGAACUUUUCGAUAGGAUUAAAUUGAAUUGGGGAUUACUGAUUAAUGAUAAAGAAAGAGAGAUACUACUUCAUCAUUCGAAAUUUGGACAAUGGGUAGCAGUUAGAUAUGCAGCGUUCGUAUAUUCAGCAUGUAUAAUGUAUAUUCUUGAGCCAAUGAUACCCUGGAUUAUAUCUAUAUUUUAUAAAUCACACAACCCGGUUCCACGUAAAUUUUCUCUUCCACUGGAAUAUAUUAUUUUUGACCAAGAUAAAUAUUAUUGGUUAUUCUUGAUUAUAUCGAAUGUUUUUUUGUUAUUGAUCAUGAGUGUUGUUAUUGCCUGUGAUGUUUUACUAGUAACGUGUGUUCAUCAUGUGACCGGGUUAUUUGCAGUCGUAGGAUUUCGCAUUGAAAAUGUACCUCCAAGGGUUGAAGUACGACAAAAUGAUAGUCAAAAUAAUAAUUUGUCAAUUUUACGAGACGUUCGGUAUGAACAUUACGUCUCAUGUGUCAAAGCUCACAACAGAGCUUUAAAAUAUGCUGAACUGCUGGAAACUAAUUUCUCCAUCAGCCUGGGAGCUGUAGUUGCAUUGAAUUUGCCAUUAAUGAGUGUUACCGGUGUUCAGUUGAUUACACAAUCAAAUAAAAUAGAGCAAACAAUAAAAAACGUAAUGUAUAUAGUGGCUCAAUCGGUACAUCUCUAUUUUGACUGUUUUUUAUCUGAAAAAUUGAUAGAUAUGAGUAUGAAUAUCCAACGGUGCAUAGCUAAGGCACAAUGGUAUGAUAAUUCAACUAAAUCACAAAAAUUAUUGAUGUUAAUGACAAUGAGAAGUCAAAAACCGUGUCGAUUGACUGCUGGGAAAAUAAUAGAACUGACAAUUGAAAAUUUUGGAAAGAUGAUGAAAACAGCAGGAUCAUAUUUCACCGUCCUGUUAUCAACGCGUUAAUCACGUUACAUUUUUUAAAUAACAACUAAAAUACGUUUGUAACUACGAUAAUUUUGAUAAAUAAUGACAGUACUGAUAGCAAUAUAAAACAAUAAAAAAAUUUACAAUUUCAUAAUCUUUUUGCGACCAAAUAAAUCUCCUCGACUCUUA